CUCCAUGUGCAUGCCUCGCCUCUGCCAUUUCCGCUAUUGUUCUCUGCCCACCCAGGUGUUUGCUCAUCUCGUCUCUACCAGCGUCACCUUCAAUUACCGAGAGUAGCCUCUCUUCACUGCACGUCGAGCAAGUCAAAAUUCAGGCAGUGGAUCCAGCGUGCCGAAAACGGGUGCACGGCAAGGUGACAGCACGCGUAGACGAGCAAUAAGUUCGCGUCCGUGCGGAGCGGCGCGGCGACAGUCUGCAAUUUUCAGACCGGAAGGCUCGCUCUCUACAGCGCCUCUUCCCUCUCUUUUGCAACGACGAAAGGCAGAUCUCCGAUCCUUCACUGCGACGAUCAAGGACAACACACGCCUUUUGCCGCCUCUGCUCCGCUUCCCGGUCCACCUGCGUGCGACGUCGAGCCUCGGUUUCUCUGUCACUGCGCGCGCAUCGACAACGACCGGCCAACGGAGAUAGUGGCAAGGAUGCCUCACAAUCCCUUUGCCAAGCAGCCCGACACGUAUGUCAAGAAGAAGGAGUAUACCUUCACAAAGACGCUCGGCGAAGGCACCUUUGGCAUUGUCCGGUCGGCCAAAUGGAACGCAGCGGACCCCCCGAUCAAUGUGGCCGUCAAGGUCAUUAGCAAGAAGAUCUUGAAGGGCCACGAUGAAAUUGUGCAGGAUGAGAUGGAUGUACUCAAGGGCCUUGAUCAGCCUCACGUCGUCAAGUUUCUCGACUGGUUUGAGUCAAAGGACAAGUACUACCUCGUCUUCGAAGAGGCCAGCGGCGGAGAGCUCUUUGACCGUAUCCUCCAGCGAGGUCGAUUCACCGAGGGCGACGCCUGCCGAACAAUCCGAGCAGUGCUCUCUGCGAUCCAGUAUCUGCACCACCACAACAUUGUGCACCGAGACGUCAAGCCAGAGAACAUCCUCUACCGGACAAAGGAGGAGGACGCCAAUGUCGUGCUCGUCGACUUUGGAAUCGCCAAGCACCUCAAGGCCGAGGAUGAGGUGCUGACGAAUGUUUGUGGCUCCUUUGGCUACGCUGCUCCGGAGAUUCUUGCAAAGAAGGGACAUGGCAAGGCCGUCGAUAUGUGGAGCUUGGGCAUCAUCACUUACACCAUGCUCUGCGGCUACACGCCCUUCCGCUCAGACGACCCUGACAAGCUGGCAGCAGAGACGCAACGAGGAAAAAUCGAGUUCCACGAUCGUUACUGGAAGAACGUCAGUCCCGCCGCAAAGGAAUUUGUCAAGUCAUGUCUCACCGUCGACCCCUCGAAACGCUUGACGGCUGACGAGGCCAUGAAGCACAAGUGGCUCACCGAGAACCGAACCGAGACCGAGGCGUCACACGAUCUCUCCCUCGGCCUGCGGGAGAACUACCGCAAGCGGUGGAAGACGGCCAUCAAUGCCGUUCGAGCCAGCACCAAGUUCCGGACAUUUGCUGCUCUGGCCGCCGAUGGAAAGACGGGGCCCAGCGAAUCAGGCGACGAGGGUACAGGCGCUGCUGCUGCCGAUGGAGAAGAAGAAGGCCGCAUUUCACCACCUACCAAGUCGGAGCUGUACAGCGAGAGCAGCAGUAGGGAUGGCGAGGUUGAAGACGCAGACUACCUGACGGGAGAUGAGGGAGAGGAUGCGCGCACCUCCCAAGGUCAAGCCAACGGUGACGCAAAGGAUGUGGGCGAGAGCGGUGUCAAAGGUCUCGUCAACAAGCUCCAAGGUGCAAAGGUCUCUUCUUGACACGUCUCCCUCUCCCUCUAUCUUCUGCACUCUCUUGUACCAGUAGACUGUCGCCGUCCUGUCUCCCUUCGUCUUCUCGCCCACGCCUCGCCGCUCUUUUCAUUCAUUCUGGCUCCUCUCAGCUCCAUAGAGCUCAUCGUGAUUUUGCAUGGAAUAUUGAGUCAAUUGUCGUUGUUC